AUGGCCGAGGAAGUACAGCUAGGCUCCAUUCAAGAGCGGAUCGCCGCUCUCAAAAGAUCCCAAGCUGGCGGGGAUGCAGCUGUCACGCAGCCAUCCUCAUUCCUGCAGCCGUCCAUUGAGCGCAACAACAGUUCAGUCCACGGCUGUCUCUCGUACAAUGUGAAAGCGUCUGCGCCUCAGCCAGCGUCGAACCCGACGCCAUCCCCUCGACCUGAAGUGAGACCCAAGAAGAUUCCGCCGCCCUUGCCUACGCGAAGUCGGACUGAUCCUCCGCCUUCUUCUCGACCUGCACGCCCUGACCUUCCAGCUCGUCCAGAAGCCCCUGGCCGAGUACUGCCUUGUGCACUUCCGGAAGCUCGCCCGACAUUACCUCCUCGGCCAAUUACCGAUCCACCGCGAAAACAGUCACAAGGGUCUGUUGUAUCCGACUCGUCAUCCUGCAGGGGCGGGACAGGCCGACCACAGGAGGAACUCAAGCCUCUUCCGCGUUCCGAGUCGAGCUCGAACUCCAUGGUCAGUGGGUUGAGCUCGAAGAUAUCAGCGUUGCGAGGCAAGGUUUCUAAAACCUCGUCGUCAACCUCCUCCUCGUCAUCAUCAGCGCCUCAGCCUCCCUCAACCCGGCCGUCUGCGGCAGAGAGACAAUCAACCGAACCAAAUGGGGAGGAUGAAGAAUAUCGGCCCACGUUACCAGCGCGAAGGCUGCCUCCAACUUCCAGUACCGACAACAUCGAACAUGCGCGCCAGGCGGGCUUUGGUGGAUUGAACAGGAGCACAGGCAAUCCACCGACGCUGGUGGACAGACCCAGUGUGAACGGAGGUUUGAAUGGAGGGCCGCCGCCAGUACCUCAUGGAUCGCGGCCCAGUGUCUAUUCACCUCCUAAACCUUCGCCUCCUGUACCUUCGGGAACGGGGACGGUGACUAAUAUUGAUAAUCCUCGGACCUUCGAAGAACUCAUCUCCUCCGGCUCAGUUUUGGUUGACUUUUACGCAACUUACUGUGGGCCGUGCAAGCAGGUGGCUCCCAAGAUCAGGGAACUCGCAGACGCGUAUCAAAAUGUUCGGUUUCUUCAGGUCGACAUUGAGGUCAUGAAAACUCUUGCCCGGCAGUAUGAAGUCCGAAUGAUGCCAACCUUUAUCCUGAUGCAAGACGGCGAGGAGGAGAAGCGCAUUCUGGGCACCAAUGUGUGGGAGAUUGAGCAGUGGCUCAAGAUGACCCCCGGAGCUCCCGAGGCGCCUACACAUGGCUUGGUGCGCAACGCUAACCGGUAA